GCUCUAUGACACGACGGCGAAACCGUAUACAUAUUUACCGUCCCAACCCCAACGACUGGGAUCGUGCGAUUCCCGCUUCCAAGCACUGUGAUGCCCAAUAGCCUCCAGUGGGCCUACUUAACGUCCUUCAUCGGCACCUUCUCCUCUCUCCUCUUCAUCUCUUGGUUCAUCAACGGGAAGCUCAAGGAGGCCGGCUACGACGUUUCACGCCUGAUCCUCAUCGGUCUACCACCCAAGGAAGGUACAAUGUCGGCGCAAGAUAGCUCGUACAGCUCGUCGCCCGCGCCGGCGGGUCUCUUAGGAGGGAAUGCGACGCAGUUGCUUGCGUUGGCUUUGGCUUUGGCGACGAGUGCAUGGAUCUACAAAAAGUUCAGUGCCGCCCAGAAGAAGAAGCCUGUGCUCGACUCAACAAAAUGGCAGGAGUUCCCGCUGAAGGAGAAGAUACAGAUCUCUCCGAACACUGCUAUCUACCGUUUUGCCCUUCCCCAGCCAGACGAUGUCCUCGGCCUGCCCAUUGGCCAGCACAUCUCUGUCUCUGCUGAGAUCAACGGGAAGGACAUCAUGCGUAGCUACACGCCGACGAGCAGCGAUGACAACCGGGGUCACUUCGACUUGCUCAUCAAGUCGUACGAGAAGGGCAACAUCUCCCGCUACGUCUCGCUCCUCAAGAUCGGCGACAACGUCCGCGUCAAGGGUCCCAAGGGCCAGUUCACGUACAAGCCGUCGCAGUGGCGCGUCCUGGGCAUGAUUGCUGGCGGUACAGGCAUCACGCCCAUGCUGCAGGUCAUCCGCGCGGCGCUCAAGAACCCGAACGACCACACGUCGCUCAACCUCAUCUACGCGAACGUGAACUUCGAUGACAUUCUGCUCAAGAAGGAGCUCGACGAGCUCGCCGCGACGCACCCGACCCGCUUCAAGGUGUUCUACGUGCUCAACAACCCGCCCGAGGGCUGGACUGGCGGCGUCGGCUUCGUGUCGAAGGACCAAGUCGAGAACUGGAUGCCCGCGCCGAAUGCGCAUAACGACAUCAAGAUUAUGAUGUGUGGACCGCCGCCAAUGAUGACUGCUAUGAAGAAACACCUAGCGGAACUCAACUACUCAGCUCCUCGAACUGUCAGCAAGCUCGACGAUCAGGUCUUCAUCUUCUAGGGUAUUCUCGCGCAUUCGGUGGCGUCUGGGUGUUCUCUUGGAUAUAGAAGUCUUCGGGUAUGAUCAUAUACAUAUUGCUAAUGCACGAGUGCUCUUUAUUCGCGAUUUUAUGUGGUCGUGAGUGUGACGUGGGUGAGGACAUAGCCUUCCGUUGAGUUCACGGACCGAGCAUGGGGACUGUGUUUGGGGUCACAGUCCCCAACGCAGCGAGCCUGGCUCGCCUCC